UCCAAUAUAAAAACCAACCCAACCUCUCUAUCUACUUCACUUCCAUACUUAGCUCUGCUUUUUUCAGAGCAAAACCAAACCCUCUUCAGUCUUCACACUCUUUCUAGUUCCAAUGGCGGUGUCUUUCUUUUCUUCAAUCUUUCUAGCUUUCUUCUUUGCUUCUUCAGCUUUUGCUUCUCUUCAGCCUAGAAUACCAGAAGUUUAUCUUCAAAAUGGAAACUUUGAGGAGAAGCCAAACCCUAAAGACCUAAAGAAUACCAAGCUCAUUGGAAAAUUUUCACUACCAAAAUGGGAAAUCAAUGGUUUGGUAGAGUAUGUGACUGGUGGUCCUCAACCAGGAGGCAUGUUUUUUCCAGUGACUCAUGGAACACAUGCUGUGAGACUAGGAAAUGAAGCUUCAAUUUCUCAAACAAUUAAGGUCAAACCUGGUCAACUCUAUGCUUUGAUUCUUGGUGCAUCAAGAACUUGUGCACAAGAUGAAGUUUUAAGAAUCUCCGUGCCUCCACAAACCGGUGAUGUUCCGCUGCAAACAUUGUAUAGUCUCAAUGGUGAUGUUAUUGCUUGGGGAUUCAAAGCUACAUCUAAUGUUGCUAAAGUGACUUUUCAUAACCCUGGUGUUCAAGAAGAUCCUACUUGUGGUCCACUUCUUGAUGCAAUUGCUAUCAGAGAGUUUUACCCUCCAAUGCCUACAAGAGUUAAUUUGGUGAAAAAUCCUAGCUUUGAAGAGGGUCCAUUCCCAAUUUUCAACUCAACCAACGGCGUUUUACUCCCACCACAACAAGAAGAUCUCUACUCACCACUUCCUGGUUGGAUUGUUGAGUCUCUCAAAGCCGUGAAAUUUAUCGACUCAAAGCAUUUCAACGUCCCAUUCGGACUUGGAGCAGUUGAGCUUGUUGCCGGCAGAGAAAGCGCCAUUGCACAAAUUCUCAGAACAGAAGCUAACAAAGUCUACAAGAUCACAUUCUCAGUCGGAGACGCGAAAAAUGGCUGUCACGGAUCUAUGAUGGUUGAAGCUUUUGCUGCAAAAGAUACAUUUAAAGUUCCCUUUAAAUCCGAAGGGAAGGGUAAAUUCAUAACCGUGAGUUUCAAGUUUAAAGCUAUCGCACCAAGGACUAGACUCACAUUCUACAGCUCUUUCUAUCAUACAAGAAUCGAUGAUUAUGGUUCUCUCUGUGGUCCUGUUCUUGAUCAGGUUAUAGUGUCCCCUGUGGCUUAAAUAUGAAUUUGAGUUAUAGAGUUUUAAUGUAAGGUAUGGUUGGUGAUUGAGAUUUUUGCAAGUCUUUUGAGCUUGGUCUUUUGUAUAAUUGCAUGAAGAUUAAAGAUAAUAUUUUCAACUAUUAUUUAGUUUUCCUUUAAGGUU